AUGUCAUUUUUUCCAAUUCGUCGUUAUCGUCUUUUUGAUGAUCCAUUUGAUCGAUUCUUUGGUGAUCAAUUGGAUUUUUUUGAUCCAUGGUAUGAUUUUGAUACAUUUCCAUCGGCUCUUUCUAUUCAACCAAAUACUUUUCGAUGGAUUAAUGAACCAUAUCGAUUAACACAUUCAUCAAGUGGUGGUGAAACUCGUACACCAACAUUACGUUCGCCUCAUGCUGAAAAAUAUCGUGUUCAACUCAAUGUAGCAGGUUUUAAUCCAGAAACAAUUAAAACAAAAGUUGAAGGUCGAAAAGUUAUUGUCGAAGCUAAACAAGAAGAUCGACAAUCUGAUGGUGAUUAUAAUAUUCGAGAAUUAAGAAAAACAUAUGAACUACCUGAACAUGCUGAUACAAAACGUUUAGCUUCAUAUGUAACUCCAAAUAAUAUGCUUAUUGUCGAAGUACCUAUUGAAAAUCCAGAAAAAGAACGUCGUAUUGCUCAAAGAAAAAAUGAUAAUCAAAGUUUAGUACAAUUUGGUCAAUAUCGUGAUCCUUUAUUUGAUUAUAGUGGAUUUUUAUUUGGUUCAGAUUUUCAACCACAUAUUGUUGAUAAAGGUAAUAAUCA